AUGUGGAAGGCUUCCGACCGUCUGAUAGAUACGAUCCGUCACUAUGCUUCGUUUCCCGCUACUGGUGUCUCUCUGAGGCAAAUGGUCCGGUUUGGAGAGAGGCCUUCAACGGGUACCCUCUUUCGUGCUUCCCAGUUUCUCUCCGAAGAGCUGCCCAUACGCCUUGCGCAUCGCGUACAGGAACUGGGUGACCUUCCAGAUGGCUUGAAUGAAAUGCCAUCAAUAAAAAAGGUCCGCGAUUGGUAUGCACAAUCAUUCGAGGAAAUCAUCACUCUCCCACGACCUACGCUCUCGCAAGAAGUCAGAUCUCGUCUCCUCCGCCCAAGCAAGCAGAAUGGCCGGGAUGCCAACGUUCUGGACGAAGCUACCCCCAACCCAAGCAUAACAGACGGCCAAUAUCGAUCGUCCACGACUUCCAUUCUCAAAGGAGACGAGUCAUGUGCCAAUGGAGUCACGAACGGCAGCAAUGGAAACGGCAAGAGAACAGGAGCUGGAAGCCGAAGAUACUUUGUUGCCACAGAUGAUGGCGGAGACUGGCCACCAGAGCUCAAUGAAUACAACAACAAGUUCUCCAAGACGCUGCAGCACAUCAAGCGGAGACACGAUGGCGUCGUAACAACUGUAGCACAGGGUAUCCUGGAAUACAAGCGCAAAAGACAGCGCAUGCAAAUUGACUCAAACAUCCAGUCGUUCCUGGACCGCUUCUACAUGUCCCGCAUAGGCAUACGCAUGCUCAUAGGCCAGCAUGUCGCUCUCACCGAUCAAAUCUACGUCCACCACCCCAACUACGUCGGCAUAAUAUGCACAAAGACAAACGUUCGCGAAUUGGCUGAGGAAGCCAUCGAGAACGCCCGGUUCGUCUGCGAAGAUCACUAUGGCCUCUUCGACGCUCCCGAGGUGCAGCUGGUGUGCAAAUCCGAUCUGAACUUUAUGUAUGUCCCCGGCCACCUAUCGCAUAUGCUCUUCGAGACCUUGAAGAACUCGCUGCGUGCGGUUGUUGAGACUCACGGGGCUGAAAAGGAGGCAUUCCCCGUUACCAAAGUGAUUGUCGCUGAGGGCAAGGAGGAUAUUACGAUUAAAAUCUCCGACGAGGGUGGUGGUAUUCCCCGCUCCUCGAUCCCGCUUGUCUGGACGUAUAUGUACACCACAGUCGAUCAGACACCCAGUUUGGACCCGGAUUUCAAUAAGAGCGACUUCAAAGCGCCCAUGGCUGGAUUCGGGUACGGAUUGCCGAUAAGUAGGCUGUAUGCGAGGUAUUUUGGUGGUGAUUUGAAACUGAUAAGCAUGGAAGGCUACGGCACAGACGUCUACCUCCACCUAAACCGCCUCUCCUCCAGCUCCGAACCGCUCCAGUGA